AGCGAUUGGCUGUGGGAGCCGGAGCAGCGCGAUGAUUGGAGGGCCGGAGCCUGGCGGAAGCGGGGCAGGCCGAGGGGCUCCUCGGACCAUGGCGGCCGCGCCGCCGCUGCGGGACCGCUUGAGCUUCCUGCAUCGGCUUCCGAUCCUCUUGAAGGGGACCUCAGACGAUGACAUCCCGUGUCCAGGCUACCUGUUUGAAGAGAUUGCCAAAAUUUCCCACGAGUCGCUGGGCAGCAGCCAGUGCCUGCUGGAGUACCUGCUGAACCGUCUGGACAGCAGCUCUGGUCACGUGAAGCUCAAGGUGCUGAAGAUCCUGCUUUACCUGUGUGGUCACGGCUCUUCCUCCUUCCUGCUCACCCUCAGACGAAACUCUGCCCUCAUCCAGGAAGCCACAGCUUUCGCAGGACCCCCCGACCCUCUUCAUGGGAACAGCUUGUACCAGAAAGUGCGGGCGGCGGCCCAGGACCUGGGUAGCGCCUUGUUCUCCGAUGCUGUGCCUCUGCCUGCCUGCCAGCCACCCCAGGCGCUGCCCCCAGCAGGCAUGGGUGCCCAGGCCAGGCCUCAUAGUGCUCUCCAGGGCUUCGGCUACACGAAGGAGCGGCGCCGGACGGGCUCUGCAAGUGAAACCUUCCUCUCUACGAUCCAGAAGGCUGCAGAGGUAGUGGCUAAUGCUGUGCGCCCUGGGCCCGAGAAUCCCAGUACCCAGGGAGUCUUGCCACGUGGUGAUACCUACCAGCCUGCGGUGACACCCUCAGCUAGCCACACACACCCCAACCCUGGGAAUCUAAUCCUUGGGGCCAGAGCUGUGAGACACCAGCCCGGACAGGCUGGAGGAGGCUGGGAUGAGCUGGACAGUGGUCCUAGUUCCCAGAAUUCCUCCUGCACCAGCAACCUGAGCAGGGCCUCGGACUCAGGCAGUCGGUCUGGCAGCGACAGCCACUCUGGGGCCAGCCGUGAGCCAGGCGACCUGACAGAAAGGGCUGAGGCCGUGGCCCCAAAUGAUUGCCAGCAAGAGCUGAGCCUAGUGAGAACUGUAACGCAAGGGCCGCGCGUCUUCCUGAGCCGUGAGGAGACCCAGCACUUCAUCAAAGAGUGUGGCCUGCUGAACUGUGAGGCUGUGCUGGAGCUGCUCCUCCACCAGCUGGGUGGGACCAGUGAGUGCGAGCAGAUGAGGGCACUGUGUGCCAUUGCCUCUUUUGGGGGUGCUGACCUCCUGCCUCAGGAGCACGUCCUCCUCCUCUGCCGGCAACAGCUGCAGGAACUUGGUGCAGGCAACCCGGGACCUGUGGCCAACAAAGCUACCAAGAUCCUAAGACAUUUUGAAGCCUCCUGUGGACAACAGCUCCCUGCCCUAAGGCCCUGUGCCCUGCCCAGCUCUGCAGCCGCCCUUGUGGGCCCAGCCGAUCUGCUGACCAGCCCUGUGCCACCUCCUGAGAGCCACCUCUUCCUGCAGCCUCUUAGCUCCACCACAGUGGUACCCAGGGACCCUAUGCCUGCUCCAUCACCAAAUAUCGUUCCUCCUACUGUGGAGGAUGCCGGUGAGGCCAAAACCCACCUGGUAUGUUCUAGUGAACAGGGGACGGGCUUUGAGGAGAGCUCAGAGAACACAGACACCCCCAAGGCCAGCUCCAGUCCGUGCCUGUGGAGCCCCAACUCUUUGUUUGAGGGAAUGGAGCUGGUGGCCUGCCCCCGCCUGCCCUGCCCCAGCUCCCAGGAUCUCCAGCCAGAUUCACAGAAGGCGACCACAGAACCCUCCAUUUCAGAGCCAUCAGCUUUUGCAUUUUUAAACAUGUGACUCUCCGGGCCCAGGGCCUCAUGGCGCAUGUCCAUCAACGAGUGGCCCUUGUGACUCUGGCUGCCCUCUUGUCCCCUCUGGGCCCUCUUUCACCUAGGAAGCUGUGGUAAGGCGCCUCUGAGCCAGCUGAGCCCUGUGUGGGCCUCCCGUGGUCAGACAGUCACUGAAGAAGACAUCCAGGCCCUCAGUGGUGACCAGCCAAGGUGGGAGUCUGGAAAGGAGGGCCAGUGGUGCCUCAAGGUGUCUGCACGCCUGCCAUGCCCAUGCCCGAGACUGGUUCCCUCUUCCUCCUGCCAAGACCCGCACAAACCUUUCUGGAGGUCUGUCCAUGGCUGGGGCCACCUCAGAGGCUUCCUGCUUCCCCAGGGAUGUUGGCCACGUCUCCUCCACCCAGGCUGCUCCGACUGUAGGAGGCCGUACACAGGCCAAACGCUCGCUCGCUCGCUCUCACGUGCGCACACGCGUGCGCACACACACACUCACACACCCGGGCUACCUCAGUCCCUGUCCCUUUGGUAGGUGCUGGCAGUGGUUAUAUGGACUUGAAUUCCUAUGGUAGCAACUGGCAGUAGCAGGGCUGUAGUGCUGACCUUGGGUACCCUGGGCAGGCCCUGCCGCCCUGGCCCUCAGAAGUGAGCUCCUGUAAGGGUUGGAAACAUUGACUUGGUUCUUAGUUAAGGUUCUGACCUCGCUCAGGUCCUUCGGAAGGGAGGUCCCAGCAGCUGGGAGCCACAGCCUUCAGGGUGGGGCACUGGAGGGUUGUGCUUGUGGCCAUUUCCAGUGUCAGGUCCUGUAGGACCCUUCGCUGGAUGCUCAGCUUGUCACAGUUGUUUUCUGUGACCAUGGGAGUCUAGUGAGCCUGCCUGUCCCUCCCAGAAGAGCCUGUGGAGCUGUGACAUGCUCUCUCCCAAUAAAACUAAUGUUUACACAGCCUGUGCUGCUCUGGCUG